UCCAUGUGUUCAGUUUACGUCGUAAAGUCGUGCUACACCGAGUAAACGUAGCAUGACGAAUGUAUUCGAAAAUCGGUUCGGUUUAAAAUUUGAAGUUAAAUAGUGUAUAAUUUUUGUGUGAUGGGCACUUCAAUUAUUGACUAUUCGGAAUAUACAUCUACACAUUUUAAAGAUGUAUCAACUGCCAUAUGUGAUAUUAAAAAUAACAUUGCUGAGUGCUGUGAUUGCGGAACCAGUGUUGCGAGAGACUUUAACAGCGGCAGCGGCAGCCAACGGACAAGCGACCGCGGAAGACACUGGCGGUUCGAGCAACGACGAUGAGAAAACGCUGUCGGAACAGAUCCUGGAAGGAAAGUACGGGCUGAUACACACAGAACUCUUCAACAGCGUACCGUCCAGGCCGGGCGUACUUAGUUACAACAUCAACCCCGAAGUGCCCAAGGACAAUGUGAAUAAUCUAGGAGGACUGGACCCGGAAGAGAUAUGGCUGGCCGAAAACCACUUGCUGGUACUUAAAGGCGGCAACUUCACGGAUCAAGACGUUGCAGUCAGCUGGCCGUACAUUGACAAUUAUAUAGCGCCGCCCAGACAAGUGAAAAUACCAGAUAACCCUAAAGUGCCACCACCAUUUCCAGUGCAGCUGGAGGAUGGCGGGCCUGUGGACUUCGUACGGGUCAACGGCUCAACGUGGACACCAAUGUACCCGCCAAAUUUCCCGCCGUUCCUACCUUCGCCACCGCCAAAUGGCACGUUCGACGAAGACGACCAAUCACUGUAUUAUCCUCCUAAAUACGAUUUCGUGUACGCCCAAGAGAAUUCAACGCGAGUACCACCCGGUCCGCUCGUGCCUGGUAUCGUCUUGCCACCCCCACCCGACUUCUUUGCGCCUCUCCAAAAGCAGUCUAAACCCAAGAAAAUCAACUUGGACACUAGUAAAACUAUUCCCAGGUUCAACCAGAAACCGUAUUUUAAAAUGCCCAAAGUUAAUCAUAAUGUGAAAAUAUUAUCCGAUCACAACAACUGGGUGCCGAUAACUGGGUUUAAUAACUACGUCGACGGCCCGCAACAAAACAACAACCCUAAGUUGUCCACCACCGCCUUGGGCUACAAUUACGGCAGUCAGCAGCUGUUCCCGACCAACCCAACAGCCGACCGUCCAGACACUUAUUACUAUUACGAUAGCGGCAGCGGCGGAUACGAUAAUAGUUACGACGUGGAAAAACCCGGUAAACACAACAAAUACGUUGAUCCGGGAACAGUGGCGGUCAAGAGCCAAAAGAAAAAUCCGCCGAGGAUUGUGAACGAUAAAUCGACAACAGGUAAACCGUACUACGAAUACAACUACGUCGCCUCCGAUUACGGGGGCGCUUUGAAGUCACAGCCCAUUGCUGUAGUGCCAGCUAGCGUUCCGCCGCAGCAAGUAGAAUACGGCCACCAGCAAAGCGGCCGUCGCCCGGAAUGGUCAUCGGCGGAAACGCCAAAAUCAGUUUACCCCGAGCCGUCAAGACAACCAUUACAACAGCAACAUCAACAAGAAGAACAGUACUCAGACGUUUUGGACGACUACGGAGUGUACCAAACGGACCGGCCAAGUUACGGCACGGACAACCCGUACCACGCGUUCUUCACACAAGACGACGCUAGUCUAGUGGACGAAAACACGAAAAAAUAUUUCGCCCUAUUCGGUCAGAAAGUGAAAACGGAAAAAACUGUGCAGGUCACGUCGACACUGUCGCCACCGGCGCAGAACUAUCAUUCUAACAAACCCAAAGUAGUGUCGUUGAUCGAUGAUGUAGCGGUCAACUACAAGCGACCACGGCCAACAGAUCCGGACUCCGAAAUUGUAACCCAAGACCCGCGUCCGUGCUCGCCGGACAAGAUCAAACUGCAACAGCCGACCACCAGGCCUUUCUCGCAACAGUCUCUAUUCGACGACGUCCGGGUCAACUACCAACAACAGCCUCUACGCGCUGAACAAGUUACCAAGCUGACCCCUCUUUACGAUGAUGUCCGGGUCAAUUACCGACAGCCUGUGCCCCCUAGAGAUCCCGACUCAGAAUACGUGACGUCGCUCAAAAAAGCGCCGCCGAUAUCCUUGGCCGACGACACCCAAGUAAAUUAUAAGCGACCGUUACCGACGAUCAACCCCAACGCGGAAUUCGCGGUAGUCACGCUUCGACCUUACGUAGCGGAACAAGUCACUCAACGGCCACCACUUGUAAAUCCCGUACUGUUUGACCAAGCCAUUUACAAUGGACAACCGUCGCGGAAUCCAAUAGCCCAACGGCCCAGUUACGCACAGAAUGUCAAAACCAACAACGCGGAACCUGCAGUCACCCAACGGCCGUACAUAAACGUGCUUCCCUACAAUGACGGGCAAGGGCUGAAUUACAACGAAAGGCCACUACAGAAACAGCGGCCUACCGUGGAAGUCACAACAACGGAAAGACCAUACCUACAGGGACAUAAUUCGUAUUUGGAAGAUGCGCUGGCCAACUAUCAGUUGCCCCAUAGAAAUAGACCGAAUACUGCCGACGGAUUAUCCAGGCCACGAGUUAAAUUUCCACAGACAUCCCUGAUUGAUGACGUCCGAGUCAACUACAAACUACCACUACCGACAAAAAACAGAGAUGCCGAGUACUUUACACAAAGGCCUCCAGCACACGUACACCCUCCAGUAUCUCUGAUUGGUGACACUCAAGUUAACUACAAACAACCGCUGCCGGCAAAAGAUCCCGACGCUGAAUAUAUUAAUAUAGUGUCGACACAACGGCCGGUCAACCGCGUUGUUUCGUACAACUUACCGGGCAACAGUGGUAGUCAUUUCUUCUUUUUGACAACUCACACUGGCCAUCCGAUACAAUACAAUUUAGGUCCCAAAAAUUAUCAAUAUUUUAAAAGAAACGUGAAAUAGGAAAUAAUUUAUAUAAUAAAUGUUUUUUUUUUUUUGUAAAUUGGAAUUUACAUAAUACAUUUUGCUUGAUUACAGUAAACCUAUAAAUAAACUUAAUACAAUCAAACUUUUAUACUGUUAAAGAAAAGACUGUGUUAAUACCUUAUACAAUAUGCUUACAUAAGGUAUGGUAUGAUUAGUGUUAAUUAAUUUGACAUAUUAUAAAUCUAUUUCCAUUUCAUACAUUUGAUUAAUGACAUUAUUUCAUGAGAAAUAUACUAUACACUGUAUUAA